GUGUAUGGAGUUUAUGGCAACAUUGCAAAUAAAGCCAAUUUUUAAUUUCAGAGAUUUCAUGGACUUUUCUUCGGUAUUUUAGAUAUACCAGUAGCAUUUGACAUGAUUGUCUUAAAUAGUUAAAUACUAGUUAUAAUUAGAAAUUUUAAAUGAUAUUUUCACAUUGUUAUCUGAAUUAUACGUUUAAAUACCUACAUUGGUGAUACAUCUGCUGACAAUAUUGGUUUGAUCCGGUGUUCGUUUCUACGAUAUAACAAUGGCAGAGUACUUGGCUGCUAUAUUUGGUACAGAAAAGGAUAAAGUAAACUGUUCAUUUUACUUCAAAAUUGGAGCGUGCCGACACGGUGAUCGCUGUUCACGCAUUCAUAACAAGCCAACCUUUUCUCAGACUGUAUUACUACAAAACUUGUAUGUAAAUCCACAAAAUUCUGCGAAAUCAGCCGAUGGCAGUCAUUUGGUUGUUGCCAACGUGUCUGAUGAAGAGAUGCAGGAACACUAUGACAACUUUUUUGAAGAUGUAUUUGUUGAAUGCGAAGAUAAAUAUGGUGAGAUAGAAGAAAUGAAUGUUUGUGACAAUCUUGGGGACCAUUUAGUUGGAAAUGUUUAUAUUAAAUUUCGUCGAGAGGAAGAUGCUGAGAAAGCAGUUAACGAUUUAAAUAACCGCUGGUUUGGAGGCCGGCCAGUCUAUGCAGAACUCUCGCCGGUGACGGAUUUUCGCGAAGCAUGCUGUCGUCAGUAUGAGAUGGGAGAAUGCACCCGAAGUGGAUUUUGCAACUUCAUGCAUCUGAAACCUAUUUCAAGAGAACUGAGAAGAUACCUGUAUUCCCGUCGCAAGAGCGGUCGUCGUUCCCGGUCCCGUUCCCGCGAGAGACGGCGCCGCUCCCGCUCCCGCGAGCGACGCCGCGAGCCGCCACGCACCUCGCGCUCCGGCCGCUACUGACCGCUGCUCACCACUACUCACCACCACUCACCACAGCCUCCGCUACAAGCUCGGUAGCUCGGUACCAGCAUUUACAUAUGAUUCCCAUGUUAAGUCUCAAACCGGUAUGCGGAGAACUAACGUUGAUGUUUAUCAUCAAGUAACGAUACACUUCUGUUGUAUAAUUUGAGUGUAGUACGUCUGCAUAUUUGAUAUUUGAAAAAAUAUAAAUUAAUGUUCCGCAUAUCUGUCCGCGAAUUUUACACGAUUUGUGAGCACGUGUGUUAGUGCGACCGUUCCGUAAACAUCCGCAUAGUGCCUCAAUACAUUACGAUUAUCAUUUUAGUAAUACAUAGGAAGACGCAUCUCGCAUCGUUAUAAAAUUAUUUUUUCUAUAUAAAGUAAGUAAGUGGUAUCUUUUCACUAUCGUGUCUUUCUAUCUGUAUUGAGUUAAUUGAUUAAUAUCAAGCAGUCUGUGAGCUCAUCUGUUGAUGUGCAUAAAGAAAUAUAAACAAUACGUAUUAAUAUUCCUUAAUAUUUUAAGAGAAUUCUUUUGUGGAGAGUGAUUUCACUGUCACAUUAAUUAUGACAUUAUAACUGUCACAUAUUUAUAUAACGACCAUCCAUGUUUUUGUUUAUUUACAUUUUAUUGCAUAGUUGGGUGGACGAGUCCACGGCCCACCUGAUGUUAAAGGGUUACCGGAGCCCAUAGACAUCUACAACGUAAAUGCCGCCACCUACCUUAAGAUAUGAGUUCCAAAGUCUCAGUAUAGUACAAUCGCUGCCUCACCCUUCAAACCGAAACGCAUUACUGCUUCACGGCAGAAAUAGGCGGGGUGGUGGUACCUAUUCGUGCGGACUUAUGACGUCCUACCACCAUGUCAUGACCAUCAGUUACAAGUCCACAACAGUUAUUCCGUUAUUUACUUGGCGUUAAGUGGGCUCUGCACGAGCAUAGCUAUCAACAUGAAGGUCACCACUUUACAUGAGACUUGAAUUCUAACACUUGUUGUACCAUAAGAUUUAACGGACUAACACCUAUUGUGUUGUGUUGUAUAACGGGCUUCCCACGGCUUAAACCAGAUAGAAAGAUUUGCUUUGCAACAAAAGAGUGCAUGAUGGUGGUAACCGUGCUUAGCUCACAAUUAGUCUUACCACCAGCAGUAUUUCAUUAUGUCGGGAAAUACAAGGGAACCACAGUUCAUCGAGCAAAACCUAAUGCUAACUUAUAGACGGCUAAUUUGCUUUAGUAAAUGUUUAGGUCUCAGUGCAUAAAUCACAGGUGGGCUUGAUAUUUAGAAGUCGAUAGUCAUUGACAUGGCGGUUGACAUUUGUUUUGUACGGACUUGAUCAACAUACAAAUAACAUGAGCAUGCUUUUUCUGUCAACAUGUAUUGUCAGUUUUACAAAUUACAAUAAUUUGUAUGCGGCUUCAGUAAAAAAUUAUGUCAUUUUCAAAGCAUUUCACAUUUCUAUUAAUACAUAUUGUAAAAAAUUUGUGACAGAAAAAUUCAUAAUCUUAUAAUUUAAGUUAGAACACAUUAUUUAACGAAUGAAUUGAUAAGGAAACUUUAAAUAACUUUAUAAUUUGUGUUUGCAUACCUUCGUAAUGACUGAGCAAAUUUGUAAGGACUUUUCAAUGAUGAUUGAAAGAAGCCGGUGUAACGUGUUUGUUAGGUAUAAAAUUGGUGUGGAUGAAAUCACGGUCACUUAUCAUUAAAACAUAUUUGAAUAAUAUAUAAUGAAGUUUCAAUUAAAGAAGUUAUCGGUGUAACCGCUCGCACAAGUACAGUAUGAGUAAAUUGUCAUUAAUGUAAUCACAAAAUCGGGUGAACCGUCCAUUGUUGGCUUUGAAACGGGAGUAGGCGUGAGCUGCGUCUUAAGUCAAUACGACGAUGCGAAAUUUGUGGUGCCUCAAAUCUCAAUACAGUUUUGUAUUUACUAUGUUUUGAAUACAAUUAAAUUUAAAUUUAAAUUGAUGGCCUUCUGACAACUUACAUCAAAAGACUGUUAAAUACGGCCAUCCAAAUGCUUCUUAAUAAUGGUGUAUGUGAGAUGCUGUGUGCAUAUAUCGCACCUUUAGAAUUGAAAUGGCUUGAUUCAAAAUUCUUGUUUUUUGGUAAACGCCAAAAAUAUAAAUGAAGAAUUGCAAUUUUUUCGGUAUUUGGUUUCAAUGCUUCAAGCCUCAAAGCGCAUACCUUAAAGGUUAAUGAAUGCGCUUAUUUGAAAAGUAAAUGACGGUAAAUGUACUUUGUCCUUUUCGAACUAAAAUUUUAAUUUUAUUUUUCAUUUAAAAAAAUAUAUUUUAUAAUCUGAUAGCUCAUGACAUGCUUAUAAGUCGUUGAAAGUAUAAAACUCAUUUUCUUAAAAAAAUUAGUUAAGCAACUUCAAUUCUAAAGGUCGAAUUUAUUUAUGAAAUCGAUCAUUUAACGUAAACAAUUAAACCACAAUUACAUUCUCAUAGUUUGUUUCAGUGAAUAGUGUAGUGACAAUACCAUAAUUUUGUUUUGAGAGUUAAAACUGAUAUGAAUAAGACAGAAUGAAAUGUAAAUAAUUCUAAUCACACGAAACGGAUGUAAUAGAUUAGUUUAAAUUUAAUGAAAUAUAAAAAAAAAUGAUUGCCGCCAUCGUUGUAAUAAUACACAUAUCCUCGCUACCUUUUUCUAUAAGUAUUAAAGACAAAUAAAUGUUCUGAGAUAGAUUACAGUUCAAGUUCUUAAAUACUUUUCGUGUUAAUAUCAAAUGUCUGCAGCGCCAUCUACCGACGAAUACCGUAGAUCUGGUAAAAAAAUUAACUGCGCGCUCGGAGUAAUUUCAAUAGUACAUUGUGCACCGCGGGAGAAAAGUUGGACAUUUCCUCCAGCGUCUUUCCAGCAAUUUUACACGCGGGAGGAAAUGACCAACUUUUCUCCCGCGGUGCACAUACUAUUUUUUCUCCUACCAGGCCGAAAAUUCGUGGAGUACCGAGCCGGGGUCCAGGAGCGAAGCCCUGGCCGGGGGUAGGGAAGGCGGAGCCCCCCCGUACUCAAAAAAAACAAAUUAACUGUUUUUUAAUUUUUAAAUAAACUACUACUGAUUGAAUAAGAACUGUCUGAUGAACUCAUCUUUGUUUAAUACUUCACUAUUAAAUUUUAUUGCCUUUUGUUUAUAUCACUUUUACACUAAACACCUAUUUUUAAUUACCCGAGCACAACAAUAGCGGAGAAUUUUAGGUGCGUGAGAGCAGACGUAGACACUAACGCGCAUGCGCACUUGUCAGAACCCAGGGAGAAAAAGUUGCACUUUCUUCCCUGUACAGCGGGAUGAAAAGUUACACUUUCUUCCCUGUACAGCGGGAUGAAAACCGAACUUUCGGCGUAGGUAGGAGAAAAAAUAUUUCGUCUAUAUAGAGUAAGAUAUUGUUGCCCGAAGAUGAAACCGCAAUGGAAUGCUAGUCUAGCGAAAGAAAGCCAUAUUGAUUUAAAAAUAAUGCGUCCGAGGAAUCUGGUCGGGAAACAGAGCGCAAACACACGGUACUGCUUUGACGUCUUUGCUCGGCUUACUGGUGAUCUGUAUGUUGUCAAGAGCUUGUAUACAGGGUGGGUGACGCGGCAGUUCUCAUUGAAGUCAAAACUGCCGCGUUGCUGAUACGAGUAUUAAUGCAAACGCGUUAUAGUAAUAAUAUUGAAGGGCAAACUUUUUGAGUAUCGUGAUUGAGACCCGAUAUGACAGUCAAAAAGCGACAGUUAAAAGAGAUAAACAUCAAUAGGAUUUAGCUUGAGAGAGAAGGUGAUAGAAAUACUUCUAUCGGUUUCACUUUUACCGCAUGCGUAUUGCACGCAUGUUUUUGAUUUUUUGCCAACGUUUUUACGUUGCUCACUAAACAAAACUUUCCGUCUAUAGAAUAGCAACUCAUUGCCGUUUCGCCAUCGGGACCAAUCUACUCACCCUGUAUAUCGAGAUAUCUAUAAUUAGCGUGAUUUAAGACUUAUCACUAAUUAUAAAAAAAUACUGAAAAAUCAUUUAUUUAUUUACCUACUCGUUUCUGACGUUAGCAGAAGGAUGGCCUUCGGUGUUUUAAGAAUCAAAUUUAUAAUUAAAAUGUGAUUUUUUAAUGAAAACAAAUUAGUGUUUAAAAUAUUAUAAUCGUAGUAAUUAGAUGCCUGGUUUAAAAUUUGACAUUAUCCCUGCACUGAAAAGUAAUUUAGAAUCUAAUACGGAAACCUCGUUUAGCUGAUAUUAUUUUAAUAAUUUUAACAGCUAUCUAAAUUAGUAAAACUAGUAAACUCAUAAUUAGUAAAAUUAAAACUGAAGUUCUUGAAUCGCGUCACAAUAAAGAGAAAAUUAAAAUAAGAUUCAUAAAAUACAUUUCUUGUGAGGUUCAGUUUUUAUUCUAACACUAUGAGAGUUUACCUGAAAGUUUUUUGGAGUAUGUGGCAUUUGAUUAACAUGUGCGGUUGGUCCAUGUCACACUAUAUUUUGGAUGGUCAAAAUCAUUGGUAUGGGCAGACCCGGUCUAUUUAUCUGUAUUUUGUGGUAGUAAAUGUGAUUUGACUUAAGGUUUAACUAAACUGAGUUAUUGAGGAGUUGUUUGUGACUACAGAAAUUGCUAGGCUACUCGCAAUGUUGGUAAUUUUGUAAAAUAUAAAAAACGAUUCUGAUAUUAAACCGUAAUUAAAAACACUAUCUUGUUUACGAGAUGCGUAGAUGUUGAAUGAUUACUGACGUAACUUUUCAGUUCUUGUUCAGGUACCUAAAUGUUGUCAGAGCUAUUUAGUCGAAUGGCACAAAACUGCAAUCGAUGGUGAACAAUCAGCAAAAUGUUCUGUGUUUGCAAUCAUACGAGUGGAUUGCACGUGGAUUUGUAUUAUUUAAUUCAGAGUUGAAAUACUGAAGAACGUAAUUUUUGCGCGAGUAAGUACCUCCAUUAGAGUAAAGAAAUUAUUUUUUAAGAAUAUGUUGUGUAUGGUUACAUAAUAAAUAAUUAAGCAUUGAAUAUG